GGAGUAGGAUAAUUUGGUACCUAACACCAGAAGCAGAGGAAGAAGAAGAAGAAAAAAAAAUGGCCAAAGAAGAAGCAGUGGGUCAGUUACUAGGGAAAACAGUGGAAAACAAACAAAUCAUAUUGAAUGGGUAUAUUGAAGGAAUUCCAAAAGAAAGUGAUAUGGAGUUAAAAAUUGGAAAAAAAUUGAAUCUUGAAAAAGUACCAAAAGGGUCAAAUGGAUUAUUGGUGAAGAAUUUAUACUUAUCUUGUGAUCCUUUUAUGCGUGGAAGAAUGCGCAAUUUCACGGGAUCUUACCUCCCUCCUUUCGUUCCGGGAGAGGUAAUUGAAGGAUUUGGCGUCUCCAAAGUUUUAGACUCAGAUAAUCCAGACUUCAAACCAGGUGAUAUAAUCUCAGGUUUCACCGGUUGGGAAGAAUACAGCUUAAUAUACAAAACCGAUCAGCUGAGGAAAAUUCAGGCGGAUGAUAUGCCUCUGUCGUAUCAUGUUGGUCUUCUUGGUAUGCCAGGUUUUACAGCUUAUGCUGGAUUUUACGAGGUUUGCACACCUAAAAGAGGGGAUUAUGUUUUCGUCUCUGCUGCUUCGGGAGCAGUUGGCCAGCUCGUUGGCCAGCUCGCGAAGUUACACGGAUGCUAUGUCAUAGGAAGUGCCGGGACAAAACAAAAAGUUGACAUAUUAAAGAGUAAGCUUGGAUUUGAUGGAGCAUUCAACUAUAAGGAAGAAGAAGAUCUUGAUAAAGCUCUCAAAAGAUAUUUCCCCGAGGGAAUCGACAUUUACUUUGACAACGUUGGUGCAUCCAUUCUAGACGCAGCAUUGCUCAACAUGAGGAUCCAUGGCCGGAUUGCCAUUUGUGGAAUGGUGUCUCAGCAAAGUCUUUCCAAUCCACAAGGUAUACACAACUUGUUUCAGCUGAUCACAAAGCGCGUUAAGAUGCAGGGCUUUCUCCAGAGCGAUUAUCUACAUCUAUUCCCGCGCUUUCUUGAAGACGUUACUAGUUUGUACAAGCAGGGAAAGAUUACGUAUUUAGAAGACAUGAACGAAGGCCUCGAGAGUGGUCCGUAUGCUUUUGUUGGACUGUUUUCUGGACGGAACAUGGGUAAACAGGUCAUCCGUGUCGCUCACCAUUGAUCUUAAUCCAGACCCCUCUGUUUUUUUUCUAGAGACAGAGAUCUUACUGCUACCUCCGAGCUUAACAUGACCUUCCCUGUUUGCAAAAAAAAGACCAUUUUUGCAUCAGGAACAAGGCCUAUGUAGACCAAGUUGUAAACUGACAAGACAAUAAACACUGAUUGUUCUAUAGUUAUGUAGUUAAUAUAUCAAAUUAAACAUUCAACAAGAAAUAAUUCCUGCAUUAUAUAA